CAGAUACAUAUAUAUAUAUAUAUAUAAAGGAUGCCGAACUUUACAGCCCUUACGUCACAGUAUGGGCUGAGCUGAGCCCCUAUCCAACGCAUGCGCUCUGGUGUUUUGGGGGUCCACGUGUUAAGAAUGGCAGAGAAACCUGUACUGGACCGACCGCAGGUAAAGAAGGCCGUCCAGGCCUUGCAGGCGUUCCUAAAAAACAAAGCUAGCGGUGAGGCGCUGUUUCUGGAUGAGGCUCAGCAUGUUAGCCUGCUCUUCACCCUGUGGAAGAUACCCAAAGAAGCUCAGACCAUACGCAUUCCCUUGCCCCAUGGCCAGCGGUCAGACACAGAAGAGAUUUGCCUCUUCACCAGAGAUGAGCCCAACAUGACCUCAGACCAGACCCAGAGGUUUUAUAAGAAGCUUCUGCAGGAGAGAGGUGUCAAAAGCAUAUCAGAGAUCAUACCGUACAAGGUCCUGAAGACGGAGUACAAACCAUAUGAAGCCAAGCGCCGCCUGCUGGGAAACUUUGACCUGUUCAUUUCUGAUGACCGCAUCCGCCGACUGCUGCCAACGCACCUCGGAAAACAUUUCUACAAAAGUAAAAAAGAGCCGCUGUGCGUGAACCUGCAGAGCAAGCAUCUGGCCAGAGACAUCGAGAGGGUCAUCCAGGGGACCAGCCUGAAGGUUACCAACAAGGGCUGCUGCUGUAUGGCACGUGUUGCCCACUCGGGCAUGACUGCAGACGAGGUGACGGAAAACAUCGAGGCUGCCGUGCAGACAGUGGUGACCAAACUGCGCAUGAAAGGACCGGUGAUUAAACUCAUCCACAUAAAGAGUCAAACGUCGGUGGCUCUGCCUAUCUACACCUCAGACUUGGGCCAUCUCUCUGUCCUGGAGUCUAAACAAGCUCAGACGCCUAAGGACAAGGAAUCUGCAUCCACAAAGCAGACAAAGAAAAAUAAGACAGAGGACAAGAAGCAAGCAGAUACUACCGCAGAGGGCAAGAGGAAGGAGAAGAGGGGGAAGAAAAAUAAAGCAGCAGCUGAAGAGGAGGAGGAAGAAAUCCCACAGCUGGUUCCCAUAGAAACCCCUAUCAAAAAGCCUAAACUGGAGAAGCCGUCCAAAAGAAGAAGCUGGAGAAAGCCCCCAAACCCGCAGCGGUGAAGAAAGGAACAAAAGCUCAGAGCAAACUGAUCAAGAAGACCGACUCCAAAGUAAAAAGAAAAGUACCUAAAGUGAAAUGAUCGUUAACAUGGACAUUAAAUAAAUGUUUUUUUUCUCUGUACUUCUGUUCUUCUUUUCCCUCUAGUGAUGAUGUAUUCUGUGAAUGUUCUAAUGUUACUGUUUGAUGACAGUAGAGACAAAACUACUGCUCAUAAUGUGUUUGAUUCAAGCCCAUCUUGUGGCGAGUCAUCAUACAGUGUCAGUGCCUUCGACUCGAGCUAAUCAAGCAGCUAAUCUGUGAAGGAUUUUCACACAAUUUACAGUUUUCAUAUACAGUGUUGGGGUUAUGUGCUGUUGUAAUAAAGCCUGAACGCUGAAA